AUGGGCAAAAUAAAAGACUCCGGAGUGGAGGAGAGAGCCAAAUGGGACAACAAGGUUCAGUACCUGUUAACAUGUAUUGGCUUUGCAGUGGGACUUGGAAACGUCUGGCGAUUUCCUUAUCUGUGCCAAAUCUAUGGAGGAGGUGCAUUCCUCAUCCCCUACCUGAUAGCGCUGGUGUUUGAGGGCCUCCCCCUGCUCUACCUGGAGCUGGCUAUAGGACAGAGGCUCCGCAUGGGCAGCAUCGGUGUCUGGAACUCCAUCUCACCACUACUGGGUGGAGUCGGAAUUGCCUCCAUGAUAGUGUCAUUCCUGGUAGACAUUUUCUACAACACCAUCCUGGCCUGGGUGCUGUGGUAUUUAUUUCACUCGUUCCAAGACCCCCUGCCUUGGAGCCAGUGUCCACUCAAUGAUAACCUCACAGGCUAUAAUGUGGAGUGUGAGAAGAGCACUCCAGUGAACUACUUUUGGUACCGUGAGACUCUGAACAUAACACCUGACAUAGAGACCAGCGGCUCCCUGCAGUGGUGGCUGGUCAUCUGUCUGGCCAGUGCUUGGUGUGUGGUCUACAUCUGCUGCAUCAAAGGCAUCAAGUCCGUAGGAAAGGCUGUGUAUGUGACAGCCACAUUCCCUUACCUGGUGCUGACUAUUUUCCUGAUCCGUGCCCUCACUUUGCCUGGAGCAACUGAUGGACUGGUGUACCUCUUCACUCCUAAUUGGGAGAUACUGAAGAACCCUCAGGUGUGGCUGGAUGCUUCCACCCAGAUCUUCUUCUCUCUCUCUGUGGCCUUUGGAGGUCUCAUAGCUUUCUCCAGCUACAACGAAAAGAGAAACAACUGUGAGAGGGAUGCUGUUCUAGUAGGAGUAAUAAAUAGUGCCACAUCUCUCUACGCCUCCAUUCCCAUCUUUGCCAUUCUGGGAUUUAAAGCCACCACUGCUUACAACUCCUGUGUUGAGGGAAACAUCUUGGCUCUUACCAAUUACUUUGAGUUUUCAGACCAGAACAUAACUGUAGAGAACUAUGAUCACUGGCUCGAGUAUUUAAAUGGAACAUCUCCAGGUGAGGUGGCCAGUCUGGACCUGACGCACUGUGACCUGCAAACGUUCCUUGACCAGAGCGCUUCAGGUACUGGCCUGGCUUUUAUUGUGUUCACCGAAGCAGUGAUAGAGAUGCCAGGCUCGCAGAUAUGGGCAAUACUGUUCUUCGUCAUGCUCUUCAGCUUGGGUCUCUCCUCCAUGUUUGGCAACAUAGAGGGAGUCCUCACGCCCAUCAACGACCUCAAACUAGUGCCUAAGUGGAUGCCAAAAGAACUCAUAACAGCACUCAUCUGCUUGGUAGCCUUCUUGGCGGCUCUCAUCUUCACCCUGGGUUCAGGGAACUACUGGGUGGAGGUCUUCAACAGCUACGUGGGCUCUGUACCUCUGCUGAUCAUUGCAUUAUUUGAGAUUACUGGAGUCAUUUAUGUCCAUGGAAUGAAAAAUUUCAGUGAAGACAUCUAUGUCAUGACUGGGAACAGGCCUAACAUCUUCUGGAAGGCAUGCUGGAUGGUGAUCAGUCCUUUAAUGCUCCUGGUGGUGUUGAUUGCCUAUGUGGUCAUCCAGGCACAGACACACCCAUCUUAUCCCACAUGGAACCCAGCCUAUGAACUAUUCCCCCAAACUGAAGUGAAGCCCUAUCCAGACUGGGUGUUUGCCAUAAUCCUCCUCCUCUGUGUACUACCUGUGAUCUCCAUCCCUCUGGUGGCUCUCUACAAACUGAUCUGCUGUAGACUCAAGAAGUCCUCUGUUCGCACCAACCUAAAUUCCUACUUCAACAACGGCUUUGAGGUUGAAACACAGGAACAGAAGAACCAGAGAGCUUAAGAAAAUGUUGCAAGUAACAGUGUUACUGAACCGAAAAGGACGUCCUGAUCUUUGCCAGUGCUUCUAUGAAAUUUCAUCCUAAU